CGUCAUCUUUAUGCGCCUUCCCGCCUCUUGAGUGUUCAAGCUCAUGGCGCGCGAGGACUGAGCUACUUUGGACCCUGCCCUAGCUCGUUCGCCGCUAGCUCCCCGCGAUCAUGUUCCCGGGCAUCCCUUCCCCACGGACCCCGGGUCCUGGAUCCCGAAGGCUUCCACUGGUCGGAAUUGGGCCGAAUUCAACGCCCCGUGCGGCAAGCCGGAGGGGGCAGUCCUUGGGUUCUGCGGUCUUCUCUCCGGUGCUUUUCUCUCCCGUAUCACGGCGCAGCUCUCUCAGUUCGCGAGGAACUCCUACACGGAUAUUACCACACCACUCCAUAACUGAGACUGUGAACUAUGAUGUGAGAACAGUUGGAUCAUCUCUUCCUGUUAAGGUCAUGGAAGCCCUAACAUUAGCGGAGGUUGAUGACCAACUGUCUGUCCAUAUCGAUGAAGGUGGAUGGGCCUGCCUGGUCUGCAAGGAGAAGCUUCUUGUUUGGAAGAUCAUGCUGUCCUCUGUCACCAAGCUAUCUGUUUGCAAAGAACUUCAGCUACCGCCUAGUGACUUCCACUGGAGUGCUGACCUGGUGGCUGUCUCUUACUCUGCUGCCUCAGGUGAAGCACAUUCUGUUCAGGCUGUUGCUGUCAUGGUUGUCACCAGAGAAGGAUCUAUCCGCUACUGGCCAAGCCUGGCUGGGGAGGACACCUUCACAGAGACUUUUGUGGACCUGGGAGGUGACAGGAUGUGCAGAUUCCUAACAGCAGUGCAGGGAGGAAGUUUCAUCUUGGCCUCUGUGGGAAGUCAGCUAAUUCGGUUGAUACCUGAAGGCUCUGGAAAGAUUCAUCAGCAUGUCUUGCCACAGGGGCAAGGGAUGCUGUCAGGAAUUGGUCGAAGGGUUUCUUCCCUUUUCGGAAUUUUGUCUCCUAGUAGUGAUCUCAUACUUGCAGGUGUUCUCUGGGACAGAAGAAGGUCGAGCUUCUACAGCCUGACGAACUCAAAUGUCAAUAGAUGGGAACUGGAUGAUUCCUCAGAAAAGCUAACAUACAGUUGGGACUUAAACAGAGUUCUGAAGGAAAAUAUCACCGAUGCCAUUUGGGGAUCUGAAAGUAACUAUGAAGUUAUUAAAGAAGGGGUCAACAUUCAGUAUUUGGACUUGAAGCAAAACUGUGAUGGGCUCCUGAUUUUGGCAGCAGCAUGGCAUCCAGCAGAUAGUCCUUGCCUCGUCUAUUACUCUCUGAUAACAGUAGAAGAUAAUGGUUGCCAGAUGUCAGAUGCAGUUACUGUGGAAGUCACGCAGUAUAACCCACCUUUUCAGUCUGAAGACCUAAUUAUGUGUCGGUUGAUGGUCCCUGACUUCUCAAACCAGGCUGCCUAUCUGUACACCGAAAGUGCUGUCUAUGUAUGCUCCACAGGAACUGGGAAAUUUUCUCUUCCUCAGGAGAAAAUUGUCUUUAGUGCACAAGGAGAUGGCAUUUUGGGUGCUGGCUCCUGUGGCAGUGUUCCCAUCCUCUUCUCCAGAAACAGUGGCCUGGUAUCCAUCACGUCAAGAGAAAGUGUGUCCCUCUUAGCAGAAGACAUGGAAGAAUCCUUGGCUUCUUCAAUCACUGGACCAGGCAAUGAGAGUAUGGUGUUUGAGACUACAAAGAAUGAAACCAUAGCACAAGAAGAUAAAACAAAGCUGCUAAAAGCUGCCUUUCUGCAGUACUGUAGGAAAGAUUUGGGUCAUGCUCAAAUGAUGGUGGAUGAGCUAUUUUCUCACUCCGAUUUAGAUUCUGAUGCUGAAUUAGACAGGGCUGUCACCCAGAUCAGUGUCGACUUGAUAGACGACUAUCCGGCUUCUGAUCCACGGUGGGCUGAAUCUGUCCCUGAAGAGGCCCCUGGGCUCAGCAACACCUCACUGAUCAUUCUUCACCAGCUGGAAGACAAGAUGAAAGCCCACUGUCUCCUCAUGGACUUCCUUCACCAAGUCGGCUUGUUUGCGCGCCUGGACACUUCUCCAGUUCGAGGAACACUGAUGGCAACUCGGCUGCUGCUGUGUGAGCAUGCAGAAAAGCUGUCGGCCACCAUCGCUCUCAAGAACCACCACUCACGACUGCCAGAUCUCGUGAAUGCGGCCAUUCUGAUUGCUCUGAACAAGAGGGAGUGUGACAUCCCAGGCAGCCUGACUCCCGCAGACGUCUUCUUUCGUGAGGUGUCCCAGGUGGAUACCAUCUGUGAGUGUCUGCUGGAUCAUGAAGAGCAAGUUCUGAGGGAUGCACCGCUGGACUCUGUCGAAUGGGCCGAGGUGGCAAUCAAUGUCAACACUAUUCUCAAGGAUAUACUGCAAGCUGCUAGUUACUAUCGCCAAAACAGAAGCUCCUUGUAUAGAAGACAAGAACCACCAAGAAAAGAGCCUGAGUACAUUCCAUGGACAGCAACCAGCAGUCCUGCAGGUGUCCGAACAGCAAUCAUCCGCCAGCACGGAGUCAUCCUGAAGACAGUUUAUCCUCAGGUGGACAGCCACCUCCGGAACACCUUGACAGAGCAGCUGGUCACGCUGAUUGACUGCUUCCUGGAUAGUUACGUUUCACAGUUGAAGUCCCUAGACAAGUCUAAUGAUCAAGAAAGAUAUGACAACCUCGAAAUGGAAUACCUGCAAAAAAGAUCAGAACUCUUGUCUGCUCUGCUCACUUUAGGUCAGUACCCUUGUGCUGCUUCUCUAGCAGAGAAGUACUGUGACUUUGACAUCUUGGUACAGAUGUGCGAGCAGAUGGACAACCAGACCAGACUGCAGCGCUACAUGACCCAGUUUGCUGAUCAGAAUUUUUCAGACUUUCUCUUCCGUUGGUACCUGGAAAAGGGAAAGCGGGGCAAAUUAUUAUCUCAGCCCUUGUCUCAGCACGAACAGUUGGCAAAUUUUUUGCAAGCUCAUGAGCACCUCAGCUGGUUACAUGAAAUUAGUAAUAAAGAAUUAGUAAAGGCUCACGCAACACUUCUGAGUUUGGCAAAUAUGGAAACUCGUUACUUUGCAAAGAAAAAAACUCUUCUUGGCUUAAGUAAAUUGGCUGCUUUAGCUUCAGACCUUUCAGAGGAUGCACUGCAAGAAAAAAUUGAAGUGAUGGCGGAACAGGAGCGUUUCCUGCUGCACCAGGAGACCCUGCCCGAGCAGCUGCUGGCUGAGAAAGAGCUGAGCCUCAGCGCCAUGCCAGUGCUGACCGCGCCGCAGCUCAUCAGCCUGUACAUCUGUGAUGAAAAUAGAAGAGCUAAUGAAUAUGAUUUUAAGAAAGCUUUGGACUUGCUAGAAUAUAUUGAUGAGGAAGAAGAUGUGAAUAUAAAUGACCUCAAACUGGAGAUCCUUUGCCGAGCUCUGCAGAGAGAUAACUGGUCUAGCUCAGAUGGAAAAGGAGAUCCAAUUGAAGAGUCUAAAGGCAGUAUAUUUGUGAAAAUCUUACAGAAACUUUUAAAAGACGGCAUUCAGCUCAGUGACUACUUGCCGGAAGUGACUGACCUGCUGCAAUCUGAUCACCUGGGAAACCUCAAGUCCAACCCAUACUUUGAGUUUGUUUUGAAAGCAAAUUAUGAGUAUUAUGUCCAGGGGCAAAUGUAAUUUUCUGUAGAUAUAGAAUUGUUUCUAAAAGUUAAAAAUAUUAGGCCUUAAACAACAAGAAGUUGACACCAUUUUAUGUUUGCAGAUGAGGUUUUUUGUUUGGUUGGUUGGUUUUGUUUUUUGGUACUUGGAAGUUAAUAUUAAAUAAUUAUGUAACUAUAACUUUGGUUUUUAGUUACAUGAAUUUUUCUCUGCCUUUUUCUAGCUCAAUUUUGUCAGCUGUUUUUAAACUUGCUGCCCUUUUUCCCAUAAGUUCUGUACUUCUUGUCCUGGCUGUUGGUGUGCACAAAUCACUUCUAGGUCUCAAAUGUUUUUGUCAUUUUUAAAAUUAUGGCCAGGGGUAUGGCUCAGUGGCACAGCAGCUGCCUGGCAAUUAUGAGGUCCUGAGUUCAAUUCUUGGAACCAAAGAAAUAAAUAAAAAUUAUGAAAUUGCCUAAGAUGUCUCUGAAAUUGCUGUGAUGCUGAAUAUUGUGUACCUGUCUGAGGCACUUAGCAUCUGUUUUGCUUGAGACCAGUGGGAAAUGUGUGUCUAGCAAGAUAAAUGUAAAGAUUUACAGACAUUUUAUAAGGCAGAAGAAACAAAACAGAGUGGGGCUCAUUCUUGUGGUUUUGAUAACUGAUUAACUUUUCUACAUAAAUACUGAAUAGUACUAACAAAGCGCUUUAGUGGAUAAAGUAUGUAUGUGGCUUCUCACCUUCCUGUAAUUGUCUUUGAGGUUAAUUGCACAGCACCAUGUGAGUUACAGUGUCUUGGGCCUGGGAUACCCUUCAGGUGUAAUGUAUUUUCACAAUUUUUGCUGAGUUCUAGUUCCACCACAGUUGGCCCUAGUCACAAGUAUGUGUAAUGUUAGAAACUACUGUAGAUUAUCCUUACAUGGGUACUGCAAAGUAAUGUUCCCUCAAAACUUACUGUCCUACCAGUCAUUACUCUGUUAUCUGACCUUAAAUAAAAAGAUUAGGGCAGCAGCUGGCAUACUUACACUUUGGCCAAAUCAGUGAUUACUAACUGCCUUACACAGUGCAGAAGGUCAGAAGUUAAACCUGGUGAUUGGUCAGACUUCUGAGCCCUCCUCUUGUGCCCUCAUACCUGGGACUUCCAGAUCAGCUCUUGACUUGUUUGAAAGAAUAGGUUAUGGAGCUGUUUUUUUAACCAGAGAAGGAAGUUAGCAGCCUAGGCCUUGACUUAUUGGGAAGAAUAGGUUGAUGGAGCUGUUUCUCUUAACCAAAGAAGAAAGUGAGGCACCCGGUCGUCUAUUCAUCAAAGAAUUAGGUAUGACUUUGCAUAAAUCAAGGAAUCAUAGUCACUCCUGGUAACACGUGACAGAUUCCUUUGAAAGGUGUGUGUCUUUGGGCACAGCUGAGUUCCACUGGGGCCUUGAGUGAUAGCAACAAGGUGUUGCUCUUGACUCUGAGCAGAGGAAAGGCAGCAGUAGCCACGAACUGACCUCAGAGGCUCGGUGCUGACUCUAGAGCCUUAGGGACACAGGCCCUGACCUAGUGUGGAGCUGAGACAAGUUUUCAAGACUGAAAGAUGUUUCUCCUCUUACCAGGACUCUGGGCCUUCUGGAGAGGUUUGGGGGUGUCUAUAAGAACGGGCUAUGGUCUGGAAGGCUAGCUCGCUGGCAUUGUGUGCUGCUGUGUCCCAUGCACAAGGCACGUUGAUGUCACCUCAGAAAUUACUGGGCCCUACCACCUGUUCUGGAAAUACCUGAAGAGAAGUAAGUUAAAAUUCAUGUGUAAAAUGCCACUCAUUAAAUACCAAAGUACAGUCUCUAAGAAGUAGUAGUGUGUUUAAAAGAAGAUCACAAAAUGAAAAACCGGUAUUUUAAAAAAUUUUUUAAAUCAUUUGAAAUAAAAUAGACACUGUUAAACCCCCUGCCACUGGAAAUAACUUUGGUUCCUAUUUGAAUUAUACCGUAGAAUGUUUUGGACUGUGUACUUUUUAAUUUUGUAGCCUGCUUUUCUUCUGUGAACUGUUGUAUUUCUUUCCUUGUAUUUCAGAGUUUGUUAACCUUAUCCCCGGUGAUUGCCCUCCAAAGGAGCUCUUCUGAAUAGUUUUCCUAGUUGCCUUCCAACCUAAUGAAAGGUCAAUGUCACAUUUAAUGUGUCUGUAUCAUUCGUGAUUUGUGGGGUGGUGCAAAUAAAUGUAAAUAUUUAAGUUUUUAAAAAUUUCCUAAGAACGAGUUUUUGCCCUCUUUGACAAAAGUGUUUUACUUUAUUUUUGAAUGAAUGUUUUAAAUAUUUUUCAGGAUAUAGUUUUUUGAUGACUGCAUGACACUUUAUUGUAUGGCUGUACUAUAAUUUAUAGCUUACCCUCUAAAAUGAAGAUUGUUUAACAUUGUGAGGUUUUGCCAUUUUAAAUAAUUUUAAAUAAACUUGCUCAUUCCAAGAA